AUGAAGCUCCUCACCCUUCUCCUGCUGGCGAUGACAGCGUCUUCCUCUUGCAUCAGUGACACCUUCUUGUUCCCUCGCGCUGUCAGCAACCAGACCACCAUCAACCCCUUCAACUACACUGAGUUGGGGCGACCGUUAAACUGGGACCGUCUGAACAAGACUAACGUUGCCUGCUCUCAAGGAAAGCAUCAAUCCCCGAUCGACAUCCUCACAGAGGAGGUUGACUACGUCGAAUUCGGCAGUCUUGUGUUCGAUAUCCCAGCCGCUGAGGAAGCCAAGCUUUUGAACCUGGGUUCAGGCCUCGAGGUCAUACUGGCGCGGGGCACUCUCACUACUAACAAGGACUAUCAGUACCAGCUGGCUCAGUUCCACUUCCACACCCCGAGCGAGCAUCGCGUCGAGCAGGAAUACUACCCUCUGGAGGUGCACUUCGUCUUCAAGGACCAUGAAACCAAUAUAGCAGUGGUAGCGUUCCUCUUCCAGCUCUCCUCAACUGACAAACCCGUCCCCCCCUUCGAGUCCAUCUUCCAUCAUCUCGAGGACAUAGAUACUCCCGGAAGGUCUACGGAAACUGGAUCGCUCGACUUCACAUAUCUGACUGCGCUUCUCAAGAGCCACGCGAUUUACAAAUACACCGGCUCCCUCACAACGCCGCCGUGCACCGAGGGCGUGAGCUGGUAUAUCAGCGCCAAGCCGCUUCCGUUGGAUGUGGUGAGCUUCAACAAGAUCAAGCAGAUUCUGAAGUUCAAUGCUCGGUAUACUCAGAAUGCCGUUGGGGAGGAAAAUCUGCUGAAGGUGGCUGUUGCGGUGAUGGAUUAG